AUGCUGGUCCUCGUCAUUGGCGACCUGCACAUCCCCUUCCGGUCGCACGACCUGCCCUCCAAGUUCAAGAAGCUCCUCGUCCCUGGCAAGAUCCAGCAGAUCAUCUGCACGGGCAACGUCUGCAACACCGACUACCUGCACUACCUCCGCACCAUCGCCGGCGACGUCCACGUCGUAAAGGGCGACUAUGACGACAACCCGCACUUCCCCUCCAGCCUCGUGCUGCACCAUCCUCCGCUGAGGAUCGGCGUGCUGCACGGUCACCAGGUCGUGCCCGCCGGGGACACGCAAUCGCUCGCCGCCAUCGCGCGUGCCAUGGACGCCGACAUCCUCCUCACUGGCCACACGCACCGCUUCGAGGCGUUUGAGCUCGACGGGCGCUUCUUUGUCAACCCGGGCAGCGCGACGGGCGCAUGGCAUCCCAUCUGGCCCAUCUCGAGCAGCGCACCGGCAUCGGCAGCAGAGGCAGGAGCCAAGCAGGCCACCGAGGGCGAGGGCAGCAAGGCCGAUGCAUCCGCCGGCGCAGCGGCACCGGCGACGGCAGGGGCACCGGCAGCAGCGGGCGCGACAUCAUCCAGCGACGCCAAAAAGGGCGCUGCAGAUGCCGCGGACAAGAAGCCGGACGCCAAAGCUGCCAAGGCCAAGGGAGAUGCCAAGGCCGAAUCCGAGAAGGACAAGAAAGACGACGGGCCGGAGGACGAGGAGCCCAAGGAGGCGCCAGGGCCGACACCGAGCUUCGCAUUGCUCGAUAUCCAGGGAGCGGUGGUGGUCACGUACGUCUACCAGCUCAUCGAUGGCGAGGUCAAGGUCGAGAAGAUCGAGUACCGCAAGCAGGUCGAGAACAAGGCGCAGCGACCAGGCGCAUCGGCCGCACAAACGGCCGCCGCGGCAGGGGGCGGCUACGGCUUCGGCGGCCGAUGA